AUGGCCUCCGACAAAAUAGCCACCGCCGUGGACAGCCUGAUAGACCACCUGAUCCCGACCAAUCCAGACGAUGAUGAAAGACAGGCGCAGGACCAACACGACAGGUGCUUUGAUCUCGUCAAGUCCACAAUCCGAAAACACUCCAACGCUACCGUAUCUGCAGACGUGAACCACGCGUCAGAUCUAAUCAAGCGCAAACUUAUCCAAACAAAUCCCAGCCAAGCCCUCCGAUUCUCGAACCUAUAUUCCCGGCUCCUUGCUGUACCCGUUCUCGAGCAUAAAUGGGCUAUAUUACAUCUCCUUUACCACCUCUCCGAUUCGCCAGAUCCGUCAGAGCCGCUGCCUCUCAGCCCUGUCAAGCCGUCGGCCCCCAACUACCGAGAGGCCAUCAAUCGCGAAGCUACGAAGCGAGAAAGGGAGCGAGCCAAGACACCAAGCGCAACUCCUUCAAAGUUUGAAGAUGUUCAGUUCCGAGAAUCCUUUCAGCCAGACGGCUCUAGAACAGCCCCGGCUGCAGACACAAGACCUGGAGAUACCGCAAGAAGGAAUGCUUCGUUGCAGGAGACGCUUCUGGGCAAUUACUCCGAACUGAACCCUCCGGAGACAAGUCUCUUGCGAGAUCUUCCUUUUACCCUCCAGGGACUUUCGUCAACUACAUUACCCUUUUCUGGCCCAGAUACAUUGACACUGCCUGCUACACUCCCCCUGCCACUUGUGUCGAUUCUCCAUGCACUGGCCGAGCCAUCAUUGCUUUACCGUCAACUAGACGCGUUCUGUAAAACCCCAGCCAGCGGCUUGAUGGGUCAGAGCUUACGGUCUGGUAUUGGAGGGGAACUGCGAGCGUAUCUAACGCUCAUUGCGACGCUGGAGGCCCAAAUUCGCCGUGCGCUGGCGUCGGUAGAUGAGGGCGCGCCCCGCGGCGGGAUUGGCAAAGCCGGAAUCACACUCAAACGCUGUGUGAUGUGGACAAGAGAGGCUACAAUGGGCUUGCGACUUAUGAGUCUUGUGGCGGAAGAGUCUGAGAGCAAGCGCGGAGGCCAAAUUAUCUCAUUGAUUCACGGAUUUGCAGCUACCCACGGUGACCCAAUUGUCUCGACGUUUGCCGAGCGACUUCUGGGAACCUGCACCCGGCCUUUUUACGACAUCUUGCGACAUUGGAUCUACGAUGGAGAGUUGUCUGAUCCCUAUCAAGAAUUCUUUGUGCGAGAGCAGACUGGCAAGUCCGACCCUGCAGAACUCAAGGGCGCGAGCAACGUGUGGGAAGAUAAAUAUGAGGCUGCCGAAGACAUGAUUCCCAGCAUCAUGACACCAGACUUUGCGCAAAAGGUGUUUCUGAUUGGAAAGUCUCUCAACUUUAUUCGGCACAGUUGCGGCGACGCUCUUUGGGUAGAAGACUACUCCAAAGCAGCUUCAAAGGAGCUGCGCUAUGGUGACACAGCAACCAUUGAAGCAUGGAUUGAUGAAGCCUACAAAACAACAAUGAAACGGCUCAUGGAUCUCAUGGCCAACAAAUUUCAACUCUUCGACCACUUGCAAGCGCUCAAGAGUUACUUUUUGCUUGGCCAAGGCGACUUUAUCGCCCUGCUCAUGGAGUCCCUGGCUGGCAACUUGGAUCGGCCAGCCGGUGCACAGUUCCGGCACACUCUCACGGCACAGCUUGAGCACGCUAUUCGCGGCUCCAAUGCGCAGUUUGAUUCGCCAGAAGUGCUUCGCCGUCUCGAUGCCCGUAUGCUCCUGCUCUCGCAUGGCGACAUUGGCUGGGACUGCUUCACACUCGAGUACAAAAUUGAUGCGCCGGUGGACGUGGUGGUGACGGAAUGGGGCAAGAGACAGUACCUGAAAGUGUUCAACUUUCUUUGGCGAAUCAAGCGUGUCGAGUUCUCCCUUCUUGCUGCAUGGAGACGAUGCAUGACGGGAGCGCGCGGCGUUUUGCAGAAUGCGGAUGCCGAAGUUGCGCAGACUUGGAAGACGACCCGUGCCGCUCUUGCCGAAAUGAUUCAUUUCAUCGGCCAGCUGCAGUACUACAUUCUGUUUGAGGUGAUUGAGUCGUCGUGGGGAGAGCUCCAAACGCGCAUCCACAAGGAGGACUGCACUCUGGACGACCUCAUCAAAGCCCACCGCAAAUACAUCAACGACAUUACGCACAAGGGCCUCUUGGGGCCCAAGAAGCGCCACCCCGCCUCGUCUGGUGCCGAGGAGGACGAGCGCACGUCGUACCUCUCCCAGCUGUCGAGCAUGCUGCGCCUGAUGCUUGAGUACCGCGACUCGGUCGACGGUCUGUACAGUUGGAGCGUGUCCGACUUUACGCGACGGCAGGAAGCGGGCGUGCGCAGCAGCCGCGCGCGGGCCGGCGGUGGCGAUCGGCUCAUGGACGACGUGGCCGCGUCGGUGCACGACGAGGCGGUGGCGUCCGAGUUUCCCGUGCUCAAGGACCGGCUGCGGCAUCUGGGUCGGUCGUUUAGUGUGCGCAUGAGCGCGCUGCUCGGCGACUUGGCGUACCAGCCGGACGUGGAGAUGCGCUUCCUGGGCGUGGCGAUGAAUUUCAACGACGUGUAUCCCGUGCGGAGGAGGUCGAGGCCGGCAGCUUCGGCUAAUACGUCAAAGGGCUAG